UUUCCCAUAAUCCAUCAAACACAAUUCUUUUCUGUCUUCCCAAUCAAAGACUGCAUCUUUCUAUUCCCCUUUUCUAUAUAAAGAAAAAUGGUUAACUCAUGGUUUCUUAAAUCUGUACAAAAAUGGCCAGAUUAGGACACAGCAGCAAACAUCUUUCGAAAAAAUUCGUAUUUCUGUUAUCUUGUGCAACUCUUUUAGGGGUUGCUUUCGUUGCAGAUGUCUUUUGGUCGACCUUAUUGUCCUCUAUUUCUUCUGCUUAUCAACCCAUUAACAAAUCUGUCAAUAUUUUAGUACCCAAUGCCACCAUCAACAAGGACGAUCAGAAAGAAGCUGUUAAAGUUAAAAAGGACCGUCUUGCUGAGACAUCAUUGCCAGCAACUUUUGCUGAUCUGCCAGCACCAGAGUUAGAAUGGGAGCAAAUGCCAUCAGCACCAGUGCCUCGCCUUGAUGGCUAUGCAGUACAGGUCAAGAACCUUUUAUAUGUAUUUGCAGGAUAUGGCACUAUUGACUAUGUGCACUCUCAUGUUGAUGUAUAUAAUUUUACUGAUAAUACAUGGGGAGGGAGGUUUGACAUCCCAAAAGACAUGGCGCAUUCGCACCUGGGGAUAGCAACCGAUGGAAGAUACAUAUAUAUUGUCUCAGGACAAUAUGGUCCUCAAUGCAGAACAGCUGUAACUCAUACUUUUUCAUUGGACACAGAAACAAAAAAAUGGCAAAGCAUGCCUUCGUUGCCAGCACCAAGGUAUGCUCCUGCAACUCAAUUAUGGAGAGGAAGGCUCCAUGUAAUGGGUGGCAGCAAGGAAAAUCGCCACACACCUGGAUUGGAUCACUGGAGUAUUGCAGUAAAGGAUGGCAAGGCAUUGGAGAAGGAAUGGCGAACUGAAGUACCCAUUCCCCGUGGAGGGCCGCAUAGGGCUUGUAUACUGGUGAAUGAUCGGCUAUUUGUAAUUGGGGGUCAGGAGGGUGAUUUUAUGCCAAAACCUGGUUCGCCAAUUUUCAAGUGCUCUCGAAGGCAUGAGGUUGUUUAUAGUGAUGUUUAUAUGCUAGACAGUGAAAUGAAGUGGAAAGUUUUACCUUCAAUGCCGAAACCCAAUUCCCAUAUCGAGUGUGCUUGGGUCAUCGUCAACAAUUCAAUCAUCAUCACUGGAGGUACAACAGAAAAGCAUCCUGUGACCAAAAGGAUGAUCUUGGUUGGGGAGGUGUUCCAAUUUCAUCUGGAUACACUGACAUGGUCAGUGAUCGGAAAGCUUCCGUACCGCAUAAAAACUACCCUUGCUGGAUUUUGGGAUGGAUGGCUAUAUUUUACGUCUGGACAGAGGGACAGAGGACCAGAUAACCCACAACCACAGAAAGUUAUUGGAGAAAUGUGGAGAACCAAAUUGCAUUUGUAAUCCAAUUUUUGGCUCCUUAACCUCUAUAAUGACUUCAAGGAAUUUAAUUGUAAUUAACUCGGUUUGAUUCUUUUUUUUCCCCCUUCAUUUAAGGGAAGACUGGUGAAAUUUGAGAUUACUUUCCACUUGCUACUUUAUUCA